UAUUCAGCCCUACACCGAGAGAAGACCGGGGACACUACAAUGGACAAGAGCACUUUAGAGGAUGAACAGAUGAAUAGACUUUGUUGCUGUUGACUGCAAACAGCCCUUAAAAUGCUGCCUUGGAAGAAGAAUAAGUUCGACCUGAUUGAGGAAGACAAGCAGUCCAAGCAGAAGGGCUAUGCAGUGAGUCUCAACUACUCUGCGCUCACCUCCUUCGCCAAGUCCUGCCCCGAGAGCGCACUCAACCGGGUGGGCAGCAUGUUCAAGUCAAAGAGGAAAAAGGUGAAAAUCACCAGCGAGGACCCCACGUACACGGUGCUCUACCUGGGGAAUGCCACCACCAUCCAGUCCAAAGGGGACGGCUGCACGGACGUGGCGGUGAGCAAGAUCUGGGGCAAAAGCGAAAUGGGCAAGAACGGCACCAAAAUGAGGCUGACCAUCAGCUCGCAGGGCAUCCGGAUGGUGCAUGUGGACGACAAGGCCAGGAGGCCGGGACACUUGUACUUGCUGCACCGGAUAACCUACUGCGUCGCGGACCCGAGACUACCCAAGAUUUUCGCCUGGAUAUACAGGCACGAGAUGAAGCACAAGGCGGUGAUGCUGCGCUGCCACGCAGUGCUGGUGUCCAAGCCGGAGAAGGCAAAAGCCAUGGCGCUGCUGCUGUACCAGACCUCAGCCACAGCCCUGGCUGAGUUCAAAAGACUAAAACGGAGGGACGAUGCCAGGCACCAGCAGCAGCAGCUCAUAGGGGAACAAACCAUCCCGUUGGUCCCCCUCAGGAAGCUGCUGAACGGACAGUGUUACUACAAACCCCCGGUGGAGCGCAGCCGGAGCGCGCCCAAGCUGGGCUCUAUCACAGAGGACUUGGUUGGGGAGGAGGAGGAGGAGAAGGCGAUGCACUUUGAGUGUGAGGACAUUCUGGACACGGACGAUGAUUGUGUGACCAACGGCAAACAGGAGUUGACUCAGAUUAUUAAUGACUUGGGAGAGAUGAGCAUAGGAAACGACGUGCAGACUCUGAAAGCUGAUCUCAGAGUUACCAGACUUCUCUCUGGAGAGAGCACGGGCAGUGAGUCCUCCAUAGAGAGCAACCAGGAGCCCCCUCUGCUCACUAAUGGGUUUGAAGAGGUAAAGGUGCAGGAAAUUGCCUGAAUAAAUGUAGGCAUUUCUGGGCGUCUCUGACGCAUUGUUUUGUUGUCUCCACAAGAAACAUUUCCUUUGUCGUCAACCUUGUGUUGGAGAGUUUUGUCUAAUCGGUGCCUCCAUGACUAAAUGAGAUGACCCAGAAAAAAAAAUCCCUCUAAGGUUUUGGGACAAUAACCACACAAUUAGGCUACUGAAUUAUAUUUUAAGAUUGUGAAAAAAGACACACAAAAAAAACUAUGGGAAAACAAAUGCAUGUCCAUCUGAGAGAUGACUGGUUGGACCGAGGAACCCCCCCGGACGCACGGCACUAAUUCCGUCUCUUUUAUUUAAGAGGAUUUGUUGUAGCCUCAAGCUUGUUUACCUUAAGUUUUUCUCUCUUGAAAAACCAAGCUCCAAAAAAACAUUCCGCACGUUUUUUGUUUGUUUUUGUUUUUCCUACAUGGGUCAGUGGGUCUAAACAGGCAAUCCUUAAUUUUCCUGUCAGGGCGCUUUUGUAACAGCCUGUUCAUUUAUUUUAUUUUGCACUGUUGUAGAGUUAAUUCAAGUAUUAUGUUGACUACAUGUACAUAAUGUUUGUUGGUAUGUUGUCUGAAACAUAAAUGUCAUAUCUUUGCUGUGCAAAAGAAAAAAACACCUUUUAUGUAUUAAGAUGUAAAGUAAAGAUGUUUUAAGUAUAAAUAUGUUAUUUUUUAAAGAAUACAAAUGUGGUUUGUUAUGUGAACCUCAUAGAAUUAUCAAUAAAAAAGAAAAUCAUACAAA